GCGGUCCGCGCCCAGUUGGUCAGCGUCAGCGCUCGCAGGUGAAUAUAGCGAGAGAUCGAGACGAGCGAUUAGGCGGUGAUCAUCCGUACACUGGUGCGAUUCGGUCCGGUUCGUUUGUUAUCGGGACGUGUUGAAUCCGCGGCCAUACUGCGGCUACGGAUAGCUAGCGCUAGAUAGCGAUCGUGCUGGCGUCGCUGAUCGUCAACCAAAUCUCCAGGACCCACAACACACCCGCCCAGGAUAACCAGUUUUCAGGUUUGCCAUUUUGUGUGCAGCUGCUGUUGACCGGUGCGAUACGAUACCGCGUGGCGCCACCACACCACACCACAUCUAUCAAGCGUAUCAACGGCUGCAUUCUAUCAACCAUGGUGAUCGGCGGCGAGCGGCGCUCCACGGCACUCCCCCUAGCAGCGAUCUGCGUGGUCGUGCUCGGUCUCACCGUGCCGCCGGUCGACGGCUGCAACGAGAUGGUGUGCGCGAGCAUCGUCUCGAAGUGUAUGCUGACGCAGAGCUGUAAGUGUGAUAUGAAGAGCUGCACCUGCUGCAAGGAGUGCGCCGACUGUCUCAGCUACCUGUACACCGAGUGCUGCAGCUGCCUCGAGAUGUGCCCCAAGCCGAACGAGACGUCGAACGAGCUGUCGAAGCAGUCGCACAUCGAGGAUCUCGAGGGGUUCCCGGGCCUGUACGACGCCAUCACGCUCGAGCAGGACGCACAGGGCCGCUGGAAGGUGUUUUCCUUUCCGAUCGACAUCGAUGCGGCACUGUACGGUCCCAAGGGUGACACCAAGUACCUCGUCCACUCCACCGAUAUGGACCUGAAGGCGAAGUAUGCGGAUCCGAACAAGAUCACGGUGAACUGCACCGUCGCGUACCAGGCACAGUGCAUGUCGUGGAACAAGUGCAAGGAAAGCUGCCGAACGAUGGGCGCCAGCAGCUACAGAUGGUUCCACGAUGGUUGCUGCGAGUGCGUUGGCCAUUACUGCAUCAAUUAUGGCGUUAAUGAGUCGCGCUGCCGCGACUGUCCGGAGAGCAAGGAGCACGACAUUGACGACUUUUUCAACGAGGACGAACUGGACUACGGUGAUGGCGUUGGCCCGUUGGACAAUUCGGCCGUCGAGUCGACCAACAUAUGAAUAGUGGUGCCGCUGCUUGUAAUACACCUAUUCCGACCGGAAUGAGAGAGAGAGAGAGAGCGAACAAAACUAGUGUAGAAUUGUAGGGGGAAGUGGUUGGCGAUUUCCGGUUGGCUUUUCGGGCGUUUUUUUUUCUUCUCCAUUUUUGUUUUGUUCUCGGCAUUUUACAUCAGCGAUACACAGCGAGGGUUUGCUACGUUCCAUGGGUGUACAGUACAGGCUUCCGAAAACCACUGGCUUAAAAAUUCUCACUCUUCCCCGAUUGCUCACAUAGGCGUACAGCUUCUUUGUUUUUAAUAUAUAUAUAUAAAAUAUAAGCGUAGAUAUAUCUAUACAGUGUCGAGCGAGGGCCGUAAGUACGCAGAAAGUCGCGUAGACACACAUAAAAAAAAAAAUCAUAUAAUUAGUGUAUGGGGCAUACCUGCUCGUGGAUAGCAAUAUGCGCUUACUG